AUGGAUUGGCAAUGAGGGUACGGAGCACAGCUGUGGGGUAGGUUUUCUCGUCACGGAAGGACUGAUGGAAAGCAUCAAGCUUGUAGGUGCGGAUGUAGAGGAGAAAAUGAGAGCAAGGAUCAUAGCUAUAGAAAUUGGAAAGAUAGCAAUAAUUGAGUGCUACUCACUAGUAAAUUCGGACACAACUGAAAUGAAAAGAGACUUUAUGAGGAGCUGGCAAUGCAGGUAUCACUAGAAAAGACAAAGGGACUAGAGGUGGCGGUAAUUGGAGACACGAAUGCUCAUAUAAGAGGGCACAGAUCUGAUGAAACUAAUGAUAAUGGGAAAUCGCUUAUAAAGGUAGCACACAAGAUUGGGCUUGAGAUACUUGAGUUGGACAACAUAACUUUCACAGGAAGGAGAGGGAAGCCCAGCUGCAUUGAUUAUUUAUUAAUCACACAUGGUAUAAGGAAUAGGAUAAAAAAUGAGCAAAUACUAGAGGAUAACACAAUUAGCUCUGAUCACUUGCCAAUAUAUGCUCAGAUAAAUACUGAUAAUAUUUUUAAGCGUAAGAUGGAUAAGGAAGUAUUUCGUUUAGAUUUGUUGGACGAUGAGGAUAAGCGGAAAGAAUAUCAGGAUGAGGUAGAAAGAAUUGCUGAGACUAUUAAUUUUUCGGACAAUCCAGAUGCCUUAUAUAAGGAGAUAAUCAGAAUAUUCAUAAGUGCAGUCAGAAGCACACUAGGUACCAGAAAAAGGCAGAAGCCUGCACUGCCGAGAUCAAUAGUAGAUAAACUGAGGUUGGCUAAGCAAAUCUACACAGCUGCUUUGGAACUAAGGGCUGGACAAAUAGAUAAAUACAUCGAACUUGAAAAGAAGCAUGACCAGGUGCAUCAGGAUGUCCGAAAAGAUAUAAAGAGGUGGAAGAAGAUGAAGGAAAUAGAGAGGAGAAUACUUAUGCAGCAAUCAAUGACCCAAAAGAUAGCGUGGAAAACCUAUAGGUUAUGCAAAAGAGGCUGAAGUGGAAUGCAAGCUAACUACUAUGAUGAUGAAGUGAAAAGCACAAUAGACUGGUGGAAGAGCAUAUAUAGGGAUGAUGACUGAAAUGGAUGAUGAAAGUGUGAAGAGCAACAGGAAUGACAGAUAACUCUAGAAGAUGUACGUGAACAAGUACAGUCGAUUAGAAACGGAAAAGCUAAAGGGCCAGAUGGAGUAGCGGGAGAGUUAAUCAAGUAUGGCGGACCUACAUCUUGUAGGCUUAUCCAUGCUCUAAUGGAUUUAAUUUGGAGAACUGGGGAAAUACCUGUAGCACUAAAGGAGGCGUAUGUAAUUCUGCUACCAAAAAAAGGGAAUAGUAAACAACCACAGGAUCAAAGACCAAUAACACUGGUAAACUCAAUGUUUAAAAUCUUAGACAAGAUGAUAGCAAAAAAAUUGUAG